AUGGAGAAACGUAUCGAGUUGGAAAAGCGCGGCAAAGAUGCCGCGGACAUCAAAGAGUUAAAUUUGGACAAUUGCCGAAGCACUAGCAUCGUCGGCCUCACCGACGAAUUCUGUAACCUCGAAUCCUUGAGUUUAAUCAACGUGGGUUUGACCUCACUAAAAGGUUUUCCACGGUUACCCAACCUAAAAAAACUCGAACUUAGCGACAACAGAAUCGUCAAUGGCCUCAAUAUUUUGGCCACAAGUCCCAAGUUAUCCCAUCUGAACCUUAGCGGGAACAGAAUUAAAGAUUUGGAAACAUUAAAACCAUUGCAAGACUUCAAAAAUCUUAGAAAUCUCGAUCUUUUUAAUAAUGAAGCUACAAUGAUGGCUGAUUAUAGAGAGAGAGUGUUUAAGCUGAUACCAAGUCUUAAAUUCCUUGAUGGUUAUGAUGCUGAGGAACAUGAAGUUGAUGAAAGCGACGUUGAUGAUGAAGUUAAUGGCAAUGAUGAUGAUUCUGAUGAGGAAGGGAACGAAGAUGAAGGAACCAGUGAUGAAGAUGAAGAAUAUGUUGGUUUAAAUGCGGUUUAUUCUGAGAAUUUGGAUGAAAUGACUGAUGAAGGGGAUUAUGAGGCUGGGGAAGAGGAAGAGGAGGAGGAUGGGAUCGAAGAAGAAGAGGAGGAAGGUGAUGAAGAAAAUGAAACUCCAGAAGAACAAACGAGGGGUAAGAAGAGAAAGCAUGAAGAUGAAAGUGAGGGAAAUUAAGAGAUAAAAACCGAAAAGAAUUGUUUUUAGUAUAUAGUGUGGUUAAAAACGGACGCGAAGUGUGACCACGUUUCUUUUACAAUUACAAUUAAAUUAAAAUAAAGAAAAAUAAUUACCCUAAAACGCCCUCGAAAUCGCCCCAUAAUCGUUGGGGCGCCGUAGGGGGCCUCUCUGGCUGUGCUACACAUCCACAUACGCGUACGUUGCGAUUUGAAUCAAUUCUAAAACACAACAAAAAAAAAAAA